CCGCGAAACUUGCAGAAAUGGAUGUUGAAAAAUCAAAACAAAGCUCAAAUUUACCAUGGGUAGAGAAGUACAGGCCCAACACAUUAGAUGAUCUCAUAUCUCAUGCAGAUAUAGUAAACACAAUUACUAAGUUUAUGAAAGAAGACAGGCUACCACAUUUAUUGUUCUAUGGACCUCCAGGCACAGGAAAGACUAGCACUAUACUUGCAGUAGCAAAACAGAUUUACUCACCUAAAGAAUUCAACUCUAUGGUUCUAGAGUUGAAUGCAUCAGAUGAUCGUGGUAUUGGCAUCGUGAGGGGCCAGGUGCUCAGCUUUGCUAGUACAAGAACCAUGUUCAGGAAAGGGUUUAAGAUUGUUAUCCUUGAUGAGGCUGACAUGAUGACCAGAGAUGCACAGAAUGCUUUGAGGAGAGUAAUUGAAAAAUAUACAGAGAAUACAAGGUUCUGUUUGAUUUGCAACUACCUCUCUAAGAUCAUCCCAGCCUUGCAGUCGAGGUGUACAAGGUUCAGAUUUGGCCCUCUCUCCCCAGAACAGAUGAUGCCCAGAGUACAGCAUGUUAUAGACCAGGAAAAAGUGACUGUGACAGAGGAUGGGAUGAAAGCACUGGUGACACUUGCAAGUGGAGACAUGAGGAAAUCACUAAAUAUAUUACAGAGUACCUCUAUGGGCCACAGUGAGGUUAAUGAAGACACAGUAUACACCUGUGUAGGACAUCCACUUAGAUCUGAUAUAGAAAAUAUAGUACAAUGGAUGCUCAAUGACGAUUUCACUAAAGCAUACAACAAUAUAACAAACUUGAAAACCAUAAAAGGUUUGGCAUUACAUGAUAUCCUAACUGAAGUCCAUUCGUAUGUACACAGAAUUGAUUUCCCAAUGCACAUUAGGAUUGAUCUGUUAGAAAAGAUGGCUGACAUUGAAUCCAGGUUGGCAUCAGGUACCAGUGAAAAAAUACAACUGAGUUCAUUAGUGGCAGCCUUCCAAGUUGCAAGAGAUGCUGUAGUAGAGACUGUCAAUUCAUAGUUGUUGGACCCUGAACCAUGCACUGAACUGAACUGUAUUCUGAUUUGCCAGGUCACCUCUUUAUGUAACAGACAGGACUAACUACUCUCAAAUAAUAGAGGCUAUAGACUCUUAAUGGUGGAAUUGUCCACCAUUAGUCCCAUGACCUAUAAAUGACUUAAUGUUGAAUGAACCUCUGUA